AUCUGUCCUGGGGGAUGAGAGGGGAACCGCCAGAGCCGCUGCCUGACGACUACCUCAGCCCUCCGGACCCGGAGCAGCCAGGGGUGGCCCGGUACGGCGGCCCAGCAUUGAUCAGCCUGGAGCUGGUGGAUUACCCAGAAACUAUCCUGCCAGAGAACGCCCUGAGGAGUUUGACCUCGCUCAGGUCGCUGACCAUCCGCUACAGGUACAUCAGAGAAGGCAUCGAGUGUCGCCUCAGGUCCUGGCUCAGCCCACUCCAGCAGCUGAAAACACUCACCAUCAUCGGUGGGAACUCUCUCGCUGCCUAUACAACCACCAUCCCAUCCAGCGUCACCAGACUGACGCUGCGUGUGGCCAUCACACUGAAAGACAUGGACUCCAUUGCACCUAAAGUCCCGGCACUCAAGCACCUUGACAUCGAGCAGAACCGCUCCAGCGGCAGCCUCUGCAGACGAAUCCCAAUGCUGUUUCCUCAGCUCAAGACGCUCAGGAUACGAUUUUUCCGCCGGGAGCCAGAAAAAGACCUGCUGAGCCUCCAUCGGCUGCGACACCUGGUGCAGCUGGAGCUGCUGGUGGAGCGCUCAUUCAUCCUCAGAGAUUACCUGAAUGGUCACCCCUGGCCCAGCCCCUGUGUACAGGAGCUGAUCAGCCAGCUCAAAGAGCUGUCCGAGAACAGGAUCGUCGUCAUCACCACAAUGCGCCAGAGAAACCCCCUACGAGAAUGUGACUGUUUGUGGGAAGGGGACUGAAGAGGGGAGUACAGGUGCUGGGAAAGCAGUUUUCUUCUUCCAGAACUGAGAAGAAGAGUCACCAGCAGAGUUGGGAGCAGAAGCAGGACAGUGCAGUAAAUCAGAGACUACAUCAGUGGAUGAUAAGAGGACAUGCUACUUAUUUUUGAAGUAAACGGUGUUUGUUUAAAUGAUUUUGAAAAUCGGAUGAUUUUCAGACUUUACAGUCAUAAGUCAUGAAAGGCCUAAGUAUGAUAAUUACUGGAUGGUGAACUGAAGAGAACUCCCUGAAAACGAAGCAGACUGCGGGGUGACAAACGAAGAGAUGUGUGUACAGGCCGACAGCUCCUCUCUGACUGGAAACUCAGCAUACAUUCUCAUUGGCAGCUAAAAUAAAAUCACAGCCAGCAUUGCUGCUAGCAUGAGCAACUAGAGGCCAGGAGCUAGAGCAGGUUCCCAGUCAGCGAACCUCUAGCUGGCCUUUACUCUUUAUUUUUGGUCAAGGUUCAGUGUUGAAAACCUACAGAUAAUGUUAGCAGCGUCUUGGAGCUUCUUCUUUUCCCUUGGUUUGUUCCUAUCAACUUGAACACAGCUGGUACAUGGAUUAGUGUAUGCGUGCUGCAUUGCAGGAAAUAUGCAAUACCUAUUCAAAGAGCGUGAUCUAAAGCUACAGUAUGUACACACAGCAGGCUGCAGUGGCUCAGAUCGGAUUUAUUUGACCCUAUGUGACCCCGAUGUGAUUUUAUUUCUUUUUUUUAAUGGCAGUUUGAAGAGCACUGAACACAUGGAAUCAAAUCUUUUCCAGUUGCUAUUUGGGCUACUUCAGGAUGGAGUCUGAUCUUGGCCACAUUUUGAAAGAUAAUGUGAACAUCCACAGAAUACGAAUCAAAGAAAAGAAACAGAAUUUAGCACUAAGGCUUGCAGUGUGAACGUUGUGCAAGUUUUCCUGUACAACUAAAGUUUUCUUCUUUUUUUUCUCAGUCCAACUGAUUCUGUUCUCAUUUUCCUGGUCACUGCUGAUACAGAGUUUUUUUCAUUUCCUUGCAGUUAUUAAUCAGAGAAAUGUCCACAUUAGUAAAGGAGAUAUGUUCCUCAGCUACAGUAUACAGUCUAAACAAUACGAACAAGAUAUAGUCAUCUAAACUAAGAGUAUUCAGGCACUGUCAAGCUCCUACUUGUAAACAAAAUCAUUGAUGAUUUCAGAGUCACUUUCAGGACGCACCUAUGUUACUCUUACUGAUGCCACAUUCAGUUAAAAGGCCCCCACCAGCCCUGAAUGUCUCCUCCUAACACAUCCUUUGUGUUUGUCACAACCUGAUAUCUCUCCUCCCUCUGUGCCACAAAGCUCCACUGUGUUCAGAGACUGUUAACACCCACCAGUGACCACACUGCUGCAUCGGCUGACAUGUUCCUUCGUCACCAAGAACACACACUGGAGUUUAUUCUGACUGUCCCACAACCACCGUCCUGCUGCCACAAAUACUCAUUGCAGACCAAAUGUGGAUUCCUCUGCUGCUGAAAAUAUUCCCCAACUAAUGCACUUUUCUACUAUUUCUGUAACAUUUGAUAUAAUUAUUGUUCAGCUGUUGUAGGAAAUGACUGAGCUGUUAAAAAACAGAUUUCAGAUGGUUUUCAUAGUUCAUGCCUACAGUAGGAACAGACCAGGACAUUAUGGAUGAUAUUUGUUGACCAUUACAAAAAUAUAGUUUAGCACCAGAAUUAUGUUUUAAAGUACAAUUCCUACAGCACAGGCUUCUUUUAGAGUUAGACUCUGUGCAUGCACAUCCUUGGAGAGGUGGCAGUGGUUCAGUGGGUAGAGCAGUCAUCUCCCAACCAGAAGAUUGAAGGUUAGAAUCUCGGUGCCUCCAGUCAAAG